AUGUCACUGCCCUUGCCUUCUUCUUCCCUCGCUUCACUCUCCGUUACCUCCUCUCAGAGCACUACCCCCUGCGCUGAGCAAGACCAAGACGAUGUCUAUGCAACCUUAGACUGCUCAGGCACAACAACCACAAGUCUAACUGGCACAAGUACACAUUCAGUCAAGGACAAGGCUAAAAAAUCAUCCUCCUCCUCUUCUUCUUCCACUUCCACUUCCACUUCCGACAUGGACCUAGACCACACUGGUAUUACUUCCACUCUUACCUCUACAACAAAUAAUCAUCAAUCAAUACAACAACUCUCUGAUAAUGAUGAACAAUGGGAACAGGAGCAAGAAGUAGAAGAAGAAGAAGAAGAAGAAGAAGAAGAAGAAGAAGAGCAAGAAGAGCAAGAUAAAGAACAAAAACAGACAUCACAUGUAUAUAAACAAGAGUAUGAACAACCCCAGAACAAGACAUUAGAACAGCAGCAAUACUGCCUGACAAUCCCUCUGGAGCUCACUUUGCACAUCUUCAGGUUCCUGACCACUCCACAGGACUUGCGGUCCGCAAUCCUGGUCUGCAAACUCUGGUGCUCUUGUGGAAUGGACCUUCUCUGGUCUCGCCCUUCACUUCUGAACCUUUCGCUUGUUCAUAAAAUCUGCUCAACACUCUCCUUGGACAGAUCCCAGACCGUCUUCCCUUAUGCAGACUAUAUCCGGAGACUAAACUUUUCAAUGUUGGCACACGAUCUGACAGAUGAAUUACUGGUACAAUUCGAUCGCUGUACUCGACUUGAACGAUUGAUGUUGCCUGGUUGUACUAAAACCACUGAGGAAGGGCUGAAACAGAUCUUGAAGGUUGGGCGGGGACUGUACUCCCUUGAUCUGUCCGACAUCCCAGCUGUCACAGAUUCAGUUUUGGAACAUGUUGCAGUUCAUUGCCCAAAGCUUCAUACACUCUACUUGACAGGCUGUGCAGCCUUGACAGAUGACUCAAUCAUAAAACUAGCAGCCAGUUGCCGAAGCCUAAAGCGAAUCAAAUUGGGCCAAUGUGUUCUAUUGACAGACCGAUCCAUCUUUGCGCUCAUACAGUCCUGUCCGCAGCUCAUGGAGAUUGAUGUCACCAAUUGUAACCUUAUGACCAACAACGCCAUUCACAUCGUCUUCAAGACCCUAUCUCAAAUUCGGGAUAUCAACAUGACACUUCUCACCAACCUUACGGAUCAGGCGUUUUCUUCUAUUCCCAUUGGAUCUACAUUGGCUUUGACUUCGUCAUCAUCACCAUCGCAGGGCAUAUCAUCCACCAUUCGGUUUGAGCAGCUUCGUGUCUUGAACUUGACUUCAUGUGCCCACAUCACAGAUGAGACUUUAGCCAGGAUUAUACCCGCUGCUCCCCGACUCCGCAACUUGGCUCUAACAAAAUGCGAUAAAAUCACGGAUGCGGGCGCCAGCUUAAUCAAAAUCCUGGGCAAGCAUCUGCAUUAUCUGCAUUUAGGUCAUUGCUCAAAAUUGACAGACAAGGCCAUUACCACACUGACACAGCACUGCACUCGCAUCCGAUAUCUUGAUAUGGCUUGCUGCUCUAAACUUACAGAUGCUGCAGUCUUCGCGAUGGCCCAAUUACCAAAGCUUCGCAGGAUUGGCUUGGUCAAAUGCUCCAACAUUACCGAUCAUGGUAUUUAUGCAAUGUUGGUCUCCCAAGUCGUGCCCCAGACAUUGGAGCGAGUGCAUCUAUCAUAUUGUGUACAUCUUUCGGACACAGCUGUGGCGGCCUUGGUGAACCAAUGUACAAAGUUAACCCAUCUUUCUGUCACAGGAGUUCCAGCAUUCAUGUCUCCACGAUACCAAAAAUUUUGUAGAGUUCCCCCUUCAGAGUUUACAGAACAUCAGCGUGAAGUCUUUUGUGUGUUUUCAGGAAAGGGAGUCCGGGAGCUUCGGCAGUAUAUGCAAGAUCAUCCAGCGAUACCAUCAGCAACCCUUUCAAGCAUCCAGAGAAACUAUAGAAUCAUGGGAUCAACUGUCGCAUCGAUGGUGGUAGGAGGACAACAUUCGUCUGCCAUUAUGGCCCAUCUAGGUCUGACUUUGAGAGAGACCGAGACCCAUGUCCAAAACUUGGCUGUGCAGGCUGCAGAGACAGCGGCAGCGGCAGCGACGGCAUCAGGAUCUGAACCAGUCGAUAUAACCACAAUGUCGACAACAAUGGAGGCAAAUGAUCAAGAGCAACUAGAGCAACUACAACAACAGGAGAAUGAAGCAUUGGAGUUGGAGCAACAGAUGGAGGACUUGGAGCAGGCUGAACGCGACUAUGCAGAAAUGAGAAAGCUAAUGAAGCAGCAGCGUCAAUUACUCGAUUUCCAGCGUCAGCAUCUUCGACAGCAUCUCCAUCAUCACUAUACAUAUCCAUCGCAGGAGACACUUGAAGCAGAGAGCAAUCAAUGUCUCUCUGGCUCUGGCUCUGGCUCUGGCUCAUCAUCAUCAUCAACUUUCAGAACGAGUGCUAGUACAGCAAUGAUUGAGCAAUAUGAAAUGUCAUCAUUGACAUUGGGCUCCCGAUCACACUUGUCGACCUGUCCUUAUUACCCUACUCAGCGGCAUCAUCGCCACGCAUCGCAUGUUGAGCAACAAGAGCAGGAGCAGGAGCAGGAGCAGGGGCAUGAGCAAGGAAAUGAGUCACCCAUGCGCCUUGACGAUACCUCGGAGGACAGAGAGGACAUCCGCAUGUCUACACCUGUCUCUAUUAAUCAUCAGAAUCAAGCCCAAGAACAAGCACAGGAUCAAAUACAGGAACAGACAUCCGAACAUAAAAGUACUCAAAUUCAAGCAAGCCUUGAUUCUCAAGACAAGAGCAAUGCCACGGAAGGUGACCAUCCUGCAGUGGCAGAGGAUCUAGAUGACUAUAUCUUGAUAUAG